CCCACACCUAGAAGCAGAGACGCCAAAAGAUACCCAUCUGUUCUUCUCCUCUAAAAAAUAAAAAUAACACAUCAAAGAUUCAAUCAAAUUUCUCAAAAGAAAUUUGAGAAACAUCGGUGACAAUGGAGGGUGGUGAUAAUAUACUGAGAGUGAGUAGUGCUCGUUUGAGUAGUUCCAACAUAUGGAGGAACAGCGGGGGAGAAGUUUUCUCAAAAUCUUUUUGCGAUGAAGACGACGAAGAAGCUCUGAAAUGGGCUGCUAUGGAAAAAUUACCCACUUAUCAGAGGAUUCAGAGAGGUAUUUUGACUGAAGAACAAGGCCAUGCAAGAGAGAUUGACAUCAAAAAGCUUGGGGUGAUUGAGAGAAAGAAUCUGCUGGAGAGGCUUGUGAAAAUCGCAGAGGAUGACAAUGAGAAGUUCUUGUUGAAGCUCAAGAAACGCAUUGACAGGUAA